AAAGGACAUGACAUUACAGGAACAGAAGCCCUUCUCAGUUGUCUCAACAAAUCACCCACUUCCUUCCUUCAACAGAAAUGAGUCAUGUUUAGAACAGUUCCCUGAAAAGGUUAAGCUGGGAUCUCAAAAAGAGCUGCCGGUUCAGGUCAAGUUAGAACAGUCAAUCGGCAGAGGAAAGGAAAAUGAGCCCCUGUCAAUACUCCCGGCCACUCUUCCACACUCUUCCUUGAACAGAAAUAGUCUGCAUAUCGAAAAAAUCCCUGAAAAGGUUCACUGUUCGGAUACAAGGAUGAGAGAAAGUCAUCUGGUCUCAUGUGUAGAUGUGGACAAUCACGGAGGAGAGCUCAAAGACAGUUCAGUGACCCCUGUAACUUCCUGCAAUGCAAGUUCAAGAAAUGCAGAUGCCAAACCUCAGGAGGAUAAAGCUUCCAUGGAGCCCCAACCUACUACUUCAAAGAUAAAAGUAUCAGAAACUUCUACCAUUUCUCUGAACCAGCAAAUCCAUUUCAAAGGGAACGGGCAGAAACAAGCUGAUAUUCUGGUUAGGCGUUCGUGUGAGGACAGAAGCUCAAUAGAGCCAGGUGUUACUGAUGGUGCUAGCAGUCAAUUUGGUAUUUCUCCAGAUAUUGAGGUGUGCAUUGGACACCCUUUAUAUAACAUUGAACCUAACAUAGAAAGGAUUCUAUCAGAGGUCAUCCUAACCACCCAGAGGCAUGCACCAGAUGGGAAUGCUGCUAAAAUUGAUGGUUUUGAAACAUUGACGCCAGUGAAUUCCUGCUCACCAUCUUGUUACAUUCGGUAUGAGGGUGCUGAGGGAAGUCCAUACACGCGGGAAGAGACCAUUUCAUGCUGUCUGACUAGGAGAACGAAGCAUACUCGAAAUAUUAGAAGCCUUGUUUUUCACCGUGUACAGUAUUUCUGUAGAGGUAUAGUUGAUCAAUCUCAUUACAUACUUUGCCUUCUUGAGUCUGAAUCACCGGAUGACCAUCAAAUAGCUGUUGAAAUGAUAUCGGGAGAUGAGCGUUUUCACAUCGCUACUCUCCCCACUUCUGAUCAAGCAAAAAAGUUUGUGGAUCAAUUCAUUCUUCUGAUGAAACGGGAUGGCUACACACUAUGCAAUUCUACGGUCUGUAAUGGAUUCUCUGAACUCACACAGCAAUCCACAGAUGUAUCUCAGCCCGACUAUCUGACUGGAGAACAUCCACAGUACCAGGGGUUCUCGCCUUCUGUUGCGAAAACCGUUGUGAUUAAUGAAUGUAAGGAUACAGGUUUUGCAUCGGAGAAGAGGCUCCCAGAUGUACAUGCCCAUGCUCGGCAGCAAGGGAGCCAGCAGUGGGGACUGCUAGAUGUACAUGCCAAUGUUCUGUAUCAAGGGAGUCGGCAGUGGGGCCUGCCAGAUGUGCAUGCAAAUGCCCAGCACGAAGGGAGUCAGCACUGGGGGAUGCCAGAUGCACACAGAAAUGCCAUGCAGCAAGGGAGUACUCAGCAGUGGGGGCAGUCAUAUGCACACACAAAUGCUCCACGGCUAGGGGGUAAGCAGCAACGGGGGAAACCAUAUGCAGACACAAAUGUUCCGCAGCGCAGGAGUAACCGGCAGCAGGGGCAACCAUAUGCGCAUGCAAGUGUUCCGCAGCAAGGGAGUAACCAGCAGCGGUAGCA